AGUACAUACAUGGUUUUCCUUGUGAACUGGACUCCUGUUUCCUAAACCUAAGCUGAUCUCACAGCUGGAGCAAGGUGAGGAGCCAUGGAUCCCUGAUGCUCCAAAAUCUCCUGAACUGGGCCUCAUUCCAACCUUUUCUGCAGGUGAUGUGCGUGAAGCCCCCACCCCACCAGUGGAGAGCUGUGAGGCCGGAGCCCUUCAGCGACUCCUUUCCUCAGCCCUGCCCAGCGGGGUCGAGGCCUCUGGGGAGCCUGGUGAUAAGGUUCCCUACUGGUAUACCUUGGAGGGCAAGAUGCUGCGUCCCUGUGCUGCCAUCAACCUUCCCUCGCAACCACUUUCUUCCCCAAACCUGCCCAAGGCUUAUCUGUGCCUGCAGUACGGCAAGGGCUUCAGCCACCCCUCCAACCUCAACCUCCACGGACUUAGCCACAGCGGGGAGAAGCCGGUGGAGCGUCUGCAGUGCAGCCUUAGCAUGGACAGGCGCGUCCACACCCCUGAUGGGAAGCCCUAUAAAUGCCGGGAUUGCGGGACGGGCUUCAGCCAGAGCUCGCACCUCAUCAUCCACCAGAGGGCGCACGCGGGCGAGCGUCCCUACCGCUGCGGUGACUGCGACAAGAGCUUCAGCAGCCGCUCCUACCUUCUGACACACCGCAGGGUGCACACCGGCGAGAAGCCCUACUGCUGCGAGGUGUGUGGCAAGACCUUCAGUCAGAAGACCAAUCUCCUCACGCACUGGAAGCUGCACCGGGCGCACAGGCGCCUGGGGGUGACCAUACCCCGCAGCCCGGCCAGGCUGGGGGCUGAAGCCUGAGAUUCCCAUGUGGGGCUGAGCAGGGGCGAUCCAUUUCCAGGCUUCACCGGUACUCAGUGGGACGUGUCAAGCCAAGAUUUGGGGCCACAGUAUGGAGUGGCGUAGUGGAGCUCAUGUUGAUUUUCUGUAGUACGGUGACUAAGUGAGCUUUCCGGGACUUAGGCCUCUGCUUUUCUUGCCUCCUCAGAAUCUCUCCCGCGUGCUCUAUGGUGUGGGAAAUCAAUAAAUCCCGGGUUGCUGAAUCCCCAGGGGGAUUAUCUGGGAGAAGACAUGAAGCAAAAGGAUAGUAGGUAGUAUAAGUCUGGGGAAAAAAACCUUUUUAGAGUUUUCUCAUUACCCUAACUUGGCCUCAUCCUAUGUCCCUUAGGGUGGUCAUUGGAGCCUCUGGUCUACCUCUUGGUGAUGUUAAAGGUGGAGAAAGUGAUCUUCCUCCUUCUGUUUACACCCUCAAAAUAACCUGAGCUGUGUAGCUCCAGGGCCCUCAUUUACAUCAGUCCAUCAACUUGCUCUUUCCUCACUCCACUCAAACCUUCAGCUUUUAAUUAAGAAGCCAGAAUAUUGGCUCCAUGCUCGUAGCACAG